CAUUUGUUUAUACUCGAAAAGUAGUUGUCGGACAUCGGUGAAGCGCUGAAAGCAAACGGAUCUAUCAUUUGUUCGCUCGCUCUCAGAAAGUGAAAGUUAAUAGAACAAAUUAUGUAAAAGCACGCGAUAACAGCAUUCAUAUGUACAUAUCAGGAUGAGUAUAUUGACAACGUGCUAACUAACUAUAAAUAUCAACAAUGUGAAGAAGCCGCGCCAGACAACACAGAUAAAUAGUUUAUAAAUCGAACAAAAAUUCAAAAUUGUAAUGCAAAAAAAAAAGAAAACCUAAAACACGCAAAUGGCUACAUUUUAAAAUGGUUUCAAUCCAUCGAUUGUUGAAUUAUUUCUGUUGAUAUAACAUUAUUGGGAGCAGAGAAACGGCCAUCAGACUGGAGGCCUCACUAACUCUGAAGCGCAUUUUUGCCCGCAAAAUUGCCUAUAAAGCGAAAACAAAAUCUCCUCUAGCGGCCAUGCGAACUAAACACUUAAUACUGAUACUAAUCGGAGUGAUAAUCGCAACGAUCGUUUUCAUUGCAUUCGGGCCAGCUGGGGAGCCAAACGACUCGUUCAAGCAUAUUGUGGUGCAGACGCAUCAACAGCUCAAAGAGUUUCAGGAGAAUUUGCGGGUGGGCUUGGAACGCAAAAAACUCGAUCUCGAGCCGAAAUAUUUUAAAUUGCUGGGCUUCGCAUCGCCGCUGAAUACAAAGGAGAACGACGAUGCCGCCUCCCAUCAGCCAGUGCAGCAGCACCAGGAGACAGAUACGCCGGUCACGGCAAGGCGUGCGGCACAGGAACUCCAGCAGCUGCACAGACGUGACGGCACUCGUCAAAUGGCAGCGAUAGAAUCAAAUCUACUCCAGGAACUGGAUCUCCAGGAGCAACAACUGCAGCAACAGCAGCAGCAGAAGAGUCAACGGAAACGGAUAACGACACCGUACAAUGGCACCAAGGCCAACUUCACCAUAGUCACGUAUGUGCAGCAGGAGCGACAGGUGGCAUCGGCCAUAUUGUUGGCACAGAACAUUGCCGCCAAACUGCCCAGCGAAUAUCUGCUCAUCUAUGAUCUGGGCGUGUCCGAGGAACAAUUGCGCACAUUGACCGCCUACUGCAACAGCAGUCGAUGCACCGUCAUCACCUAUGACCUAUCCGAGUUUCCCUCGUCCGUCAACGAUCAGCGAACGCACGCUUAUCGACCCAUUGUGAUAAAGGAUGCCUUGAUGCGGGCCAAAUCGGUGCUGUUUGCCGAGAACUAUAUGCGUAUACGUGGCGGCUAUCGGGAACUGCACGAGCUGCAGAAUCGCGUCAUGGUUUCCGGCGUCCUCGGCUGGAAUACACCGACAGCCGUCUCAUCGCGCACCCAUCCAAAGAUGUUUGACUAUUUCGAGUCGAACGCCGAAAAUUUUAUAUUCCUGCGCAUGGUCGAUCUGGAUACGGUCUUCUUUGCGGACACGCUCUUCGUCACGGAGAAGAUAAUGCUGCCGUGGCUGAAAUGUGCCCUCACAUUGGAAUGUAUCGAUCCAAUCGGUGCCCAAUCGAACGGCUGCAAGUUUAACAAAAAGCCACUCUAUCGAUACUCUGGCUGUCAUGGCUACGAUGCAUCCGCAUUCAACAUUGUGCUGGGACUCACAUGGCAUCUGGACGACUCGAAAUAUUCGUUACCCUGCACGGCUAAGGAGAAUAUGUUCUACAAGGAGACGCUCGAGCAGGCGACGAAAAUAUUGGAGAAUCGACGACGCAACACUAGCGACACAUCCGAUCAUCCAUUUACGGAGGACUGAGCAAAUGCAGCAGCAGCAGAAGCAGCAGCAGCAGCAGCAGAUGCAUCUGAUAUACACUUGUAACAUUUUUUAUAUUUGUAUAUACACACUCAGGAGCCGCUGGAUCAAAGCAAGCCAACUGCUUACACUAAUUUGCAAAUGUGUGCUUUAUUAUUAUGGCAAAGAAACUUCAUACACACACCAGAACAUAAUAUUACAUACAUACUAAAUACAUACAUCAUAGGUGUCAUUAUAAAAAAUGUAAGAUGGAAAAAUUCGAAUGAAUUUCGAAGAGAUACUUAGAUCAAAUUUACAUAUACAUACACAUGUAUGUAAUACAGGUCGUGCUAUACCUUACUUCAGGGACCGUAAAAAUUAUAAGCUAUAAAUUAUAAAAAUGACAAAUGUUUAUUUCUUAAAUUUGCUCUUGCUAAGCUUUACUAAAUAACUCAGGUCAUACUGAUUACACUUUGUGUGAUAAUAUAGGUUUUCAAGAUUUUGCAAAUACGAAAAGGGAGGCGUUGAAAGAUUUUUCAAAAGUCAAAAAGAUGUUUUCCCGUUGUUUAGUUUGCUUUCAAGAGAUAUGUACUAAUCCAGUCAUAGACGGAUUUUGAUUUCCUGUUUUUUUUUUGCGCAAAAUAAUCAUUCUUUUGUUGAGUCAUAUUUUCAGCACAGAAUAUAAUCAGUAUGGCCUGCGUAACAUAUUAUUAAAUUUAUUAACAACUAAGUAAUAUGCACAAAAACAGUAAAUCAAAAUUCAUUGUGUGUGUGUGUAUACGAUAAGAUUAUCCAAAUAGAAGACACUACUGAUAUAACUCUGUUGCUUGUACGGCUAUGGAAUUUACGGUCCCUGCUGUGUAUACAUCGUCCAUGACCAGAUCAGCAGCAGCUUCUGUCCAAUAAAUACGCCUUAGUAACUUAUUUGUUAUUCUACAUUUUUUUUGUGUGUCUUUGGAUAUCGUUUGUUUAAUAAUGAUACACUCCCUAUUUUUAGCAAUGUUCAUUUUUUGUGUAUAUAUUAUUUAUGUAAAUAAAAGAGAGGAAUUACAUACAGUUUGUGAUUGUAUUUGAUAGUUACACACAUAUUCAUGCAAUUUCAAUACAAAUAACUAAAUAUAAUUACAUAUAUUAAAUGUACUAUAGAAAAUGAGCCAAAAACGUUAGCUUAAUAAAGUAAAAAUUACAAUAAAAAUGAAUCCAAAAGUU